AUGUUCACCACAACACUGACUCCAGGAACACCAUUUCAAUCAGUGACCUGGAAAUUUGGUCCUGAAAAUAUAUUCAGAUUCUUUGGUAGCAACCUCACUGAACCAGAGUAUGAAGGCAGGAUCACCUUCUUCAUGUCGACUGGAUCUCUGGAGCUCAGGAACCUGGCUCUAACUGACAGAGGAGAUUACUCAGUUGACAUGUUUAUAGCUGAAGCACCACCACAGUCAGGGAUCACAAGACUGGACGUAUACGAUGAGACUUUAGUUCAGAUCACUGAUGGAGGAUCCACUUUAACUAUAAUUAAUGUGACCCGCUACGACCAGGGACCCUUCAGCUGCCGUGUAUCUAAUCCUGUCAGUCAGGUCACCAGUGCUCCACUAACCCUACUCAUCAUCUACUAUGGCCCAGAAAAUACUAUUUUGACAAUAUCUCAGACAAAAGAGCACCAUCAGGAAGGAUCAGACAUCGUCCUGUCCUGCUCAGCUGACUCCAACCCUCCUGCUCAGUUUCAGUGGUUUCUGGAUGGAGACCUGCUGUCUGAUGGACCAGAGCUCAAACUGAUGAACGUUCAGAUAAAUCAAAGUGGAAGCUACAGCUGUCAGGCCUUCAACGACAAAACUCUGAGAUAUGAGACGUCUCCGCCUGCAUCCAUCUCUGUACUGAAGAAAGUAUCAGGCACUUCUGUCACAUCUCCAUCAAACCUGCCGAUUGAGGGGAACUCUUUCAGAUUAAUCUGUGACGCUGCUGGCUCUGUCUUUACCAGAAAGUGGAGAAAGGGUGUCUUAGAUCUGACUCUGACUGUAAACAUGACCCUCAACAACAACAACAGAGAGCUGUCUUUCAGCAGUCUGAAUAAAGAGGACAAAGGAGAUUAUUCCUGUAUUAUCAGCAACCCCCUCAGCAGCGAGGAAGCAAAGUACUCCAUGAUUGUUAACUAUGGACCAGAAACAGUUCAAAUCACAGGUCCAAGUCAGAUACAUUUUGGAGGCACAUUUAAAUUAACCUGCUCGGCUGCAUCUGUACCAACUGCAAAAUACACCUGGGUGCUGAACACCGGGGCGAUAGUCAAUUCUGCUGUGAUUUAUAGAAACAACACUGAACUCUGUGACUGUGGCAACUACUACUGUGAAGCGAGGAAUGAUAUAACCGGGAGAAGAUCAUCAGCGGUCCAUGAACUGACCGUAACACAUGAGCCAGAGCCAGGGCCAGGUAGGAGCACAUUAAAAACAGGCUCUAAAAAAUGGAAAUAA